GCUAUAAAAUCCCAGCCAAAACACCUCUAUAAUCCUCUCUCUUUUUGCUCCCUUUUCUCUUUAUUAUAGUUUCUAGCUAGAGCCACUCCAUUUCUCUCUUCAGUUUCAAAGGCUCACUUUUUCCUUGUUUCUUGUUUCUAAGAGUUUCGUUUUUAGUUUCAAGAUCACAUAAAAACUAGCCCAUUUGUGCCUCAGAAUAAUCUGGGGCUUUAGAGAAAAUCUUGAUGCUAAACUUACUAUGUCUCAUCUUUGAAAUUCAUGUCCGCAAUUCUGAGUGAACUCUUACUUUCUGAUUUUAUGAUAAUAAAUUCCACAUAUAGGCGCAGGACCCAUUUGGUGCAAUCUUUCUCUGUUGUCUUCCUCUACUGGUUCUACUACAUCUCAUAAAAUCAAAUCAAUUAUGCUCCUUAAUUAAUUCUCACCUAAAUAACUACUUCUAUUAUUACAUACACCUAGAUAUAAAUAUUCAUAUUACUCUUUAUUUGCUCACCAAAAUCACUAUUCUGGGGUCCUGCUAAUUUUGCAAUUAUUGUACUACUAUUUGUACCUAAGUUUUGGUCAUAAAAAAUACUUGGUCAUGGCAUCAUCAAGUGGGACAUCAUCAGGGUCAGGUUCAGGGUCAUAUACAAUUCAAAACUCAGGAUCAGAAGAAGAUCUACAACAAUUGAUGGAUCAGAGGAAGAGGAAGAGGAUGAUAUCGAACCGCGAAUCCGCUCGAAGAUCAAGAAUGAGGAAACAGAAACAUUUGGAUGAUCUUAUGUCCCAAUUGGAUCAUCUUAGGAAAGAAAAUAACCAAAUCUUGACAAGCAUGAAUGUGACCACUCAACAUUAUCUCAAUGUUGAGGCUGAGAAUUCAAUAAUGAGAGCUCAAGUUUCUGAAUUGGGCCACAGGCUUGAGUCCCUGAUGGAAAUAAUCAGUUUCUUGAAUGAGAAUGGAUCAAAUGGUCAAAUAAUUGAGUCUACUAUGGCUGAUGGAUUUAUUCAGAAUGAAUCUUGGAAUUAUAUGUACCAGCCUAUCGUGACUGCAGACAUCAUGCAAUAUUAGUUUCUAUAUCAUGGAAAUGCACCAAACUCACCUAUCUUGAUCAGACUCUUCAAAAACGUCGACAGGUGCAUGUUAGAUUCUCUAAAAUCUGACAUAGGUGCGAUAACAUUUUUAGAGAGUUCUAGCAAUAUAGGGACUCACUGAUUUAAAAUCUUGGAUUUAAGGGUUGAUAUUGAAUUGAUCUUGUAAAUCAUUUGUAGGCAAGAGGAGGUGAUGAUCUCUAAGGACCGAUCUAAAACAGAGGAUAUUUUGUCAGCAGCAGGAUCUAAGAUUAAGAAUAUUUAGUACUAGUAGUAGCAAUUAGUAGCACUACUGAUAAAUCCAUAUAUUAUUAGUGUGUUUGUAACUUGUGCAACUUGCAAGUACUGGUUUUCCAUUUUUAAGAGCUUAUGCAAGUGGAAGUGGGAAGUCUAGUAAUAUGAUAUUGGUAUUAUUGAUAA